GUAACUGUAAAACUUGUCAGUAGCAUUGAAUGAAUUUACUUAGACCAUUUGACGCGUCGCUGACCAUUUAAUUCUAUCAAGCGACCUGUCUGGAGCAGUCGCCUACGAUUUUACCCCCAUACAUGAGUCUAUAGCAUAGAUAAACCGCCUCGGGCCCUUGUCUUGAGUCGGACAUUGGCCUUAGAGCCCCCGACCAUGGCGACAAAAGCCGCGGCCGCGACGUCCAUCAACCUCAACGAUGUAUUUGUGCCGCCGGUGCACGGCGGAGGUGCUCGGAGAUUGUCGCUAGGCGAGGGCGAGUCGCUACCAUCGUUGGGCGGGACCAUGGGCAGUGCCGGGCCAGGGCCGGGCAGCUUGCAAGGCACUGCAAAGCUGUCGGGUCAGGUCCUGGCGCUGUCCAAUGCCAAAGAGCGGGCGUCCAGCACCGGGGCGACGGCGCGCCGGUUGUCAGCGGGGCCACCAGGUAUCGGCUCCCCCGACGCCUUCCCACCACCUUCGGCCCACUACAGUGACGGUCCCACCGGCGGGCAACAGAACCCGCGCCUGCCGCCCCUCAUGUACGGCAUCGGGCCGCCGGGGCGAGCGCCGCCCGCGCCCUCCCUGGGCUUAUCAGGCACGCCGGCAGGCGUGCCGUCCUUCCAGCAACCGCUGAACGGCGGGCCGCAGCAGCCGCUGGAGCCCAUCCAGCAGCAUCCCGCAGUCCUGCCCUCCGGCCCCGCACCCGCCUCCUACCCCUACGCGCCCAAGCGCAAGCCGCCCAGCGCCUUCAUGCGCAACAACCCGCUCAAGCAGCAGCUCGAGUACCAGCAGGUCAUGGCCGGCGCCACACGCGGCGCCGCCUCCGCCCGCGGCCCCGGCCCCGGCCCUAGCCCGGGGGUGCAGGCCGGCGCCGCCGCCGACACGCUGCUGCACGUGGACGCGGCGCAACACACGCAGCUGGCGAACGACGUGCUGGCGGAGGCCGCGGCGGCGCUGGCGCAGGGCGGCGGCUCCGGCAUGUCCGGCGGCAGCAGCUACGCCGCCGCGCCAGCCACGGCGCCGUGGGGCGUGAGCAGCGUGAGCGAUCUUGAGGCGCUUGACAGCAUCCUGGACCAACUGGUGGUGGUGGACGCGCGCAUGCGCAAGGCGCUGCUCAAAGGGCCGCUCAUUUCAUUUGAAACCGUGGUGCCCGACCAGGCGGGCGGCCACGGCGGCCGCGGCGCCUCGGCGCGCGGGCGGCAGGCCGCGGAGGACGAGCGCGACCGCACCUUCCUCACCGCGGUCAAGGGCAUCACGGAAGACGCCGGUCAGGAGGAGGAGGCGCCGGCGGCGCCGGCGGAGCCGCCGCCGCCGCUGGUGCUGCCGCCACAGGACGUGGGCGGGGCGCCGGGGCCGGGCACCGGGCGCAUCACGUGGGGGCAGGAGGAGGUGGCGGAGCCGCCGCAGUCGCAGGGUGCGGGCGGCGCCACCGACUCGUCCAUGUUCCCCGCCUCCAUCCCGAACACCGGCAUGCACCCCAGCUUCACGCGCGCGUACCUGGCCUCCAAGGCCGCGCCCAAGGCGGUGCUCACGCCGCCGCCGCCGCCCGCCACUGCGGAGCACCUGCUGCGCUCGCGCCCGCCGCCCUUCAUCGCGGCGCCGUCGUACGAGGAGCUGUGCGGCCAGAUCCGGGACGUACAGCGGCAGUACACGUGUGGAUCCAACAAGCCGCCGGCGGGCACGCCGGCGGCGGCGGCCGCGGCGGCGGCGGCGGCAGCGGUGGGCACUGCCACCACCAACCAGUACAUUGCGGGUCUGGACGGGCCGGCGCUGGAGGACGUGGUGGCGCAGCAGGACCUGCCCAUCAGCCUGGAGCGUGUGCGCCCCACAUUCGUGGCGCUGAAGCACAAGGCGCGAGCACCAUCACCGAAGCGGAGAGCAAACAGCCCUGGGCGAGGCGACGGAGGGCCAGGCGGGGGCGGCUACGGCGGGGAAGCACUUGCCGGGCGUGGCUUGUAGCGGAGUAGUGUUGGGACUAGAGCCCGUGUGGGUGUGUGCUUUUGGGGGUGUUUUGCAGCAGCAGGCAUUGUGUCGUGCCGCCUCGCUGAUGGGCAGAGCUGUGUACAGAGGGUCAGUGCAUAGGCGGCCCCGAUUACAUAAGAAUGACAGGGAGCAGGGGCUGGAGCGGACCCUGACAGAGCGACAGGUCGCCUUCAUCAUGAGGUACCCUGGCCGGGGAUACCUGUCCUGCCUGGGUGAUUGUAAGUUUGAUUCAAC